UUGACAUUUCCUAUAAAAAAAAAAAAAAAAAAAAAAGACGGGUGGUUCGGGUCGAGUCGGGUUUGGGGGGUGAGAGAAAAACCGAAAAAAUGGCGGCGAAACAGAAACGAAAAGGAAAACAGUAACUGAAUGGAGAAGGCAGAGCAGGAAGGAGGAGGAGAGAAGAAGAAGAGCUUUGUGAUACAGAUUCCUUCAUAUGAAGAAGUUAUGGAGAGUUGUCAGCCCAAAACGACGUCGUCUCUGUUCAACCCUAACCCUUCUUUCUCUCAAGCCUUCAAAUCCAUCAAGAACUCCGAAUUCUACUCCCCUCCCCCGCCACCUCAUCCUUCUUCGUCCUCUCAAACCGCCACUCCCAGACCGGUUAAUAAUAGUACAGAUGUUCCCACUUCAUCAUCUUCGUCUACGCCUUCAUCUUCAGCUAAUCGAAAUGCUAUACUUGUAAGCAAUAGACAGAAGGGCAAUCCGUUGCUAAAACAUAUCAGGAAUGUGAGGUGGACUUUUGCAGAUAUUGUUUGUGACUACUUAUUGGGACAGAACACUUGUGCUCUUUAUUUAAGCCUCCGGUAUCAUCUGCUUCAUCCAGACUACUUGUAUUUUCGGAUAAGGGAAUUGCAGAAGAACUACAGACUCCGCAUAAUUUUGUGCCAUGUUGAUGUUGAAGAUGUUGUCAAGCCUUUACUCGAAGUUACCAGAACUUCUCUCCUUCAUGAUUGUACUCUGUUAUGCGGAUGGAGUUUGGAAGAAUGCGGACGGUACUUGGAGACGAUAAAGGUUUAUGAAAAUAAGCCUGCCGACCUCAUUCAGGGCCAAAUGGAUGGGGACUACCUAUCACGGCUGAAUCAUGCUCUGACGGCAAUACGACAUGUUAACAAAACAGAUGUUGUGACUCUUGGCUCAACAUUUGGGUCUCUUUCUCACGUGAUGGAUGCAUCUAUGGAAGAUCUUGCUCGUUGCCCUGGCAUAGGAGAGCGUAAGGUAAAACGUUUGUAUGAUGCUUUUCAUGAACCUUUCAAGCGAGAAGUGCCAAAACGCCAAUGCAUUCCAGAAACUUCAGUCGCUAAUGAAUCUCAUCCUGGCUCCAGCAGUACGAAGGAAAAUGAGAAGGAAGUAGGGGAUACAAGCAAUUGUGAGAAGAAAGAACCCGAAGUAACUGUCAAAUCGGCACUUUCUGCUGCUUUUGCUAAGUACGCACACAAAGUUGCCAGAAAGAAGAAUAAACCACAAGAAGAGGAAGAAGGGAAAUGUAGUGUUAAUGAAGAAGCUAAAACUGGAGAUAAGAAUGGCAGCAACGACGGCUGAAUCUUGGCCUAUUGGACUAAAUCUUGUGUAUCACCCCACAGGAGAAUAGGUUUCUUAGUCACUUCUUUUCAAGCCAAAGUUUGCUAACUUUAUAUUUUCCCCAUUUAUUGGAUUUCUUUUUGACAGGAAAUGCAAUGGUAGUGAUUCCAUGUAAAUUGAUGGGAGAACUGAUAGAAGAUAAUUAGUGUACAAAGACAAGUUGUCAUUGCUCAUGGAGAAGGAAAAUGAGCCAUCUCUUUGGGAAUGGAGUGGUUGACAACCACACUCCACCAAAUGGUCUAUGGCUCUAUACAGGAUUUUAUAUAACAAUGUUGGCCUAUUGUCACAGUAAGAACAAGUAUCAAGAAGCUAUAGCAUAAUUCACUUGCCUAGGA